AUGGAAACAGAGUAUAAUGCCAUGGGAAGUAAACAACUCGGUGGAACACUUAAAACAGCAAAGUAUUCCUCAGGAGAUCGACUUCCUGGGAACAUGAAGUCGUUCAUCUUUACUGCAUUUGGAAAAUCUGAGGAUUUCAAGAACAGACCGAAGACAAAGUUUCAUCUUAGUAGACUUGUACAGAGACCAAAGCACAAACCUAUGAAGGUAAAAUACUUCGAUCCAGAAGGAAGUGUUCAGUACAAAAGAGAUAUCAGCCCUCAAACUAUGGAGGAUAAAUUCUCACUAUAUGAUGGGCCAUGGCUUUCUACUUUAAGAGAUAGAUCACAAAGUUGUAAUACUGCAAAAGCUUCAAGAAAGAAGUCCAAACCUCUUGAAUCCACAGUUCCAAAUCCUCCAAGCUUUUAUGAAGAAGAUCUCCAGAAAUGGGACAAUAAAUUUAGAGAAUCAGUUAAAGAAAGGAAAAGCUUCAAGCAAAAGUAUCUUAAAGACGCUAAGGUUGGUCUCGAAGUCGGACCAGGAGAUAAAAUUAUGCAACUUAUUCAGAAGAGAAGAAAAAGUAGAUUCAGCACAAAUAAUUUUAAUAUUCUCGAUUUUGAGACUAAAGGUCUGAACUCUUCAUCUCAUUUGGUCAAGCAUGGAGCUAGAGGAAGCCCAAAUAAGAUUCAACUCAACUUCGAGUGUAAUUUGAGAGAUUACAGAUGAAAAACAAAUAUCUCUCACAAAUCACAGUGGAAGAAUGCAUUUCAAAAGAUUCAUUUAAAUUCAACUAAGAAUUCUAAAAGCAAAGAGCAUAAUUCCUCAAAUCCAAGAAAUAUUAUCAUAAAAUUAAGAAAGAUGAUAAAUAACAGACAAGCAAAUGCCAACUCCUCUCUCCCUUUCUUCGGGCAAGGUUAUAGCAAAAAGUCUAACGAAUGGACGGUAGGAUUAAGAUCAUACCAUCCUGAUCAGCACAGUGCUUUCAGAUUUACAGAUAGUAAAUUCCACAUUUCCAAUCAAAGUCCAAAAAGUCAUAACAAAAUAAAAUAGAUUUUAUUCUACCCCUCCAA